ACUUAUAUACUAAAAGAACUAGGGCUAUUCCUUAUACCUAAGGCAGACUACCUUUAUAUAAAUAACAAGCUAAUAGUCUUCUUUUAUAUAAACAAUAUAGCGAUAUUAUCUAGACGAUUUAACUAUAACGAAUUUCUCUCUUUUAAAACAAAGCUAUUUAGUAAAUAUAAGAUAUAA